AUGUACUCGAACGAGAUGCUGUUUAAAUGCAACGGAUCGCCACAUAUGGUAGAGGACACCGAGAUUCUAGACGAGGACGACGUCGUGUCUCUGGGCCUUGCCGUUAACACGCGGAAUUAUCAGGCGUUGAUUGCUAACUUGGCGUGCAAAGUCUCUGUCUCUCAUAGCCGACGCCGAUCACUUGGUACAAUGUACCAGGAGGACCAGCCACUGGCGAGCCCUAUAAAGGACGAGAAGAUGGCUACAUGUGAUCAAAAAGAAGAGGAUUACACUGUCAUGGGGUUACCUGUAGACACAAGGAAUUAUGAAGCUAUUGUAGGUGGUAAUCGUCCCAUAAGAUCCGACUCAGGACCGGGGUAUCGAUUCAGUCGACGUGCAACGGUGGGAACAAUGGCACAGAUGCCAGAGCCAGUAAAUAGAGACAAGGACGAGUCUAUGGUUGUAGAUGAAAGGGGUGGACAGGAUGACGCUGUCAUGGGGCUGCCAAUUAGUACAGGGAACUAUGUGGCUUAUUUAGCAGGUCAAGAAGGAUCUGGAUUACAACAGGCAGGACAUCGCUAUCGAGGAUACAGUAAUCUUGCCCAAGAGAAGGAGGCCCGUGAACCACGUGUUAGUGACCCGUACCUUUCAUCUUCACAACGUGGACAGCUUUCUUCUGAUUUCCAUGCAUCUUCAAGCAAUAAUAAUCAGAAGGAUAACAUACGUUCAUCCUGCUUUGAUAACCGACGUGCAUCAAGUGCAGCGGUUGUUCCUCAUGCAGGCUGGGUAUUUAUUCAACGUGGUGCAUUUAGAUCGUGGAAACGAUACUAUGCCGUUUUGUCAGGGACGGAGUUUAAGUACAGCAAAGGCGUGGGGCAGUCUCCAAAGGGUUAUGGCCUUCUGAUGUCCGUUCAACGAAUGGAGGAUUUGCGCUUUGGACUACAGCUCGAGUUUGGCGACGGCGGCACGCUUCAGAUCCGAUGCCCCAGUGACCAUGACCAUGAGCAAUGGUUGAGAUCGAUGGAAAAAGCUAUUGAGCGCAAUCAGAACCUCAACUCGCGAUCGAAAACGUCAUACACACUUACAGCGGCUGAGCAACACGAGGGCUAUUUGUUCAAGCAAGAGAAAAAUAAAGCGUGGAAGCGAUGUUUUUUCGUCGUGCGUAUUGACGGCUACAUUGAGUGCCGAGAUGGUAAGCAUGGCACCCCUGACCGCAAGUGCUCUGGGUAUAUCAAGGCUGUAUCAUUCGCAGACUGUCACGCGAAUGGAUUAGCUAUUCAGCUCAGCACAGAUAUGUGUAUGGUAUGCUACGCAGAUUCGUACGACGACCAGAUGCUUUGGUAUGGUGCUAUCUCAGCAGCAGCCAGCGCGAAUGGCAAAAUAGUACAACUGACGACGUCGGUGAAAAGCUGCUAUGUGCAAACAGCGCUGUCAAACCACGCAGGAUGGCUAUACAAACAGGCAGGUAUUUUUAAGGGCUGGAAGCGGUUGUACUUUACACUGCAUGGCGUUGAAUUGGCUUAUGCCAAGGACACAAACUCGGAGAUUGUGCUUUCCGAUAAGGCGCAUAUGGUGGAAGAAUGGGAAGGUCAUGCAAAUGGACUAUUGAUUCGGCUAAUGAGCGGACGCGUCUGGAAAGUUCAUGCCGAGACAUACGAAACAGCCAAGCGGUGGCGCUCCGUCAUUAGCAGCGCAUGUCGGCACGCGGAAACUUUUAAUCUAAAAAAGUAUCUAAAUAGCCGGCGGCGCAAGAAAUUGAGGCCCGUGUUUGGUGGAUGGCUUACAGAGGUGAAGAAGGGCUCGCGUUUGCGGCGCUUCUACGUGGUGGACGGCUCAUCGCUUGGUGUUGCCAAUGAUGUGGACAACCAGCUCGAGCGUCUUGGCACCGUUGUGGACGUUGGGUCAACGCGUGAUCUGGAGUGCGGAAUGGUGUUUACGCUUGCUAACGGAAACAAGGUGAAGGUGAAUUGCGACUCACUGGCCGACUCCAGAUGCUGGUACGAGUGCUUGAACUUUUCACUCAAGUAG